UAUAGAGAAGACAACAUUCCCCAUUUUCUUGCAAAUUAUCGAUAUCCUUCUCAAAUUAAUUAGGUAGCCUUGAAAUUUUGUUGGUCUUAAAUCACCAAGAAAAUUCCAUCAUGAAAGCACAACAUCCUAAUGAGGCACAACCAAACGUACAACCCAAAAAGCACCACGUACACCUCAACCAAACCCCGGCGCCUGCGCCGGCGCCGCCGUCUCCUCCGCAUGAAUUCUCCUUCGCCAUCUCCCUUCACCCGCCGGCCGCCGCGAAACCCUCUCCUCCGCCGUUUGCUGCCGCAAUCGACCUAUCACCGGCCGACGAUAUCUUCUUCCACGGCCACCUCCUCCCCCUCCACCUCCUCCACCACCUCCCCGUCUCGCCGCGCUCCUCCACCACCUCCCUCGACAGCUUCAAUCUUCCAAUUAAAGAGCUAUCAAAAAAUAAUAACAACAACAACGAAGAAAAGAGCCGCCACGUGGCGGAAGGGAAGGAGGGAGGGAAAUCAAAAUCCUUCUCUCUCCUCGGAAUCCAUAAAAAGGAGAGAGAAGACGACGGCGACUGCAACAGCAACAGCAACAACGAUAAUCGCAAUAAUCAGCAAUCAACGGAGAAGAAGCGGAUAUCGAGAUUCGAGCUGAUCAAGCGGUACGUGCGAUUCGUGGCGGCGUUCCUGUCGCCGGCGCGGCGGCGCCGGCGGAGCUCCGGCGAGAUUUUCCGGCAGCAGCCGUAUUCGUAUUCGGGGAAUAUUCGGGUUAGAAAGAGGGGGAGCAUGAUGAGGGGGCGGAGGGGCGAAUUCUCGGCGCCGGCGUCGAUGAGGACCUCGCCGGGGAACAGCGGGCUGCUGGUGGCGAGUGGCGCCGCCACUCCGACGGGGAAGAGCGAUAGCACAAUGGAGGAGCUCCAGGCGGCGAUUCAGGCGGCGAUAGCUCAUUGUAAGAAGUCUCAUGCUGUGGAAGAUAAAAGCAAGAUGCAGCCAUAAUUUUAUUUUAUUGUU